CCCCCUCCCAAACCAGUCCUAAUAAUUCCGACAUUCUGGCCUCUCCCCAUCGCCCCAGCUUCCAGAAAUGUGCUUUAAUUCUUAUUGCAAAAAACUUGGCUUCCUCGGGAACGGGCUGUGUUAAUGCUGAGGCUGUUCAGGCGUGACGUCCAGCCCUGAGGGGCUGUGCAGAUGCGAAAUGGAGCCUCCAGGAGGUGCCAAGGACUCUCACAGAGAGCUGCAUGGAAGCCUCCGACCCAGACCUGCCCACCUGGAGCCUUAGAAAUAGAAAAGUUUCAAAAAGGAGAAAGCAAGGAUGAAGAAAAGUACAUCGAUGUGGUGAUCAAUAAGAACAUGAAGCUGGGGCAGAAAGUGCUAAUCCCCGUGAAGCAGUUCCCGAAGUUCAACUUUGUGGGGAAACUUUUGGGUCCACGUGGCAAUUCUCUGAAGCGUUUGCAGGAAGAGACGUUGACAAAAAUGUCCAUUCUUGGAAAAGGUUCCAUGAGGGACAAAGCAAAGGAGGAAGAGCUGAGGAAAAGUGGAGAAGCCAAGUACUUCCACCUCAACGACGACCUGCACGUGCUCAUCGAGGUCUUCGCCCCGCCCGCCGAGGCCUACGCCCGCAUGGGGCACGCCCUGGAGGAGAUCAAGAAGUUCCUCAUUCCUGACUAUAAUGAUGAAAUCCGGCAAGCGCAACUCCAGGAAUUAACAUAUUUGAACGGUGGUUCAGAAAACGCGGACGUGCCAGUGGUUCGUGGGAAGGCCGCCUUGCGCACACGAGGGGCGCCAACCCCCGCCGUCACCAGGGGACGGGGAGGUGUCACCGCUCGGCCGGUGGGAGUCGCUGUGCCACGAGGGACGGCCACGUCCAGGGCGGUGCUGUCCCCCCGCGGGCCAGUGAGCCGGGGAAGAGGACUUCUCACUCCCAGAGCGAGAGGCGUCCCCCCGACGGGGUACAGACCUCCUCCGCCACCCCCCACUCAAGACACCUACGGAGAUUAUGACUACGAUGAUGGAUAUGGCCCUGCUUAUGAUGAACAGAGUUACGACUCCUACGAUAACAGUUAUAGCACCCCAGCCCAAAGCGGUGCUGACUACUACGACUAUGGACACGGGCUCAGCGACGAGGCCUACGAUUCCUACGGGCAGGAGGACUGGACGAACUCCAGGCACAAGGCGCCCGCCUCCAGGACCUCGAAGGGCGUGUACAGAGACCAGCCCUAUGGCAGAUACUGAUUGUCUGUCUGGUGUGCCAUGCCCACCUCCACCCGUCCUGUAUACUGUUCAAAGUAAUUUUUUUCUAUGAACAAUCCCUUUUUAAAUAAAUCAAAAUGCUUAAAAUCUGAAUGGAUGGAACUUAAAACCACUUUGUUGAAACAUCGAGCUGGGCAGA